AUUGUACCUUCGGAGCUGGUUUCUGUGGUUUCCAAGGGAAGGUGAAGCGUGUCAGCGCUGCUGCUCUAACUGUCACAUACAUCCGCAGUCUGCUGGUUAACACAGGAAACAUGUUCCCAUAAUGUAAUAGUGAGAGCCCACACGUUUCCCAUCACGGCUCAGCCCUCCGUCACAUGGUCGCUGCUGGCCGGACCGACGGAGCAGGAAAACACUGGCUCCACUUCCAGCUCGGCCACCAACUCUGUCUCAGCGACUCCUUCUCUCUGCUCCCGGAGGAUGACUUUUACCAACUUGGUGUCACUUUGCAGCGCCGUGAAGUAAAAGAAAACAACAACAACAAAAACAACCAAACAAACAAAACUCCGCCAUAUUCAGCCCACCACGCCCGGAGCUCCGCCGCCAGGAGUUGAAGACUCGCCGCUAAAGUUGUUUCACAAACUUAAUUUCCUCUUUACUGGAGAGGAACAAGGUGAAGUGUUACCCGGGAGUAAUGACUCUGAGCUCCGUGGGGGCUUGCUGCCUCAGCCCGGAGGCCAAGGAGGCUCGCAGGAUCAACGAUGAGAUUGAGAGGCAGCUCCGCCGGGACAAGAGGGACUCCCGCCGGGAAUAUAAGCUGCUGCUGCUCGGAACUGGUGAAAGUGGGAAAAGCACUUUCAUCAAGCAGAUGAGGAUCAUCCAUGGCCGUGGGUACUCUGAUGAGGACAAAAGAGGCUUCACCAGGCUGGUCUACCAGAACAUCUUCACUGCCAUGCAGGCCAUGAUCCAGGCUAUGAACGCACUGCAGAUCCCCUACAAGUAUGAACACAACAAGGCCAACGCCAGUAUUGUCAGUAAGGUUGAUGUGGAAAAGGUUACAACCUUAAAAAACCCGUACGUGGACGCCUUGAAGAGCCUGUGGAGCGAUCCGGGCAUUCAGGAAUGUUACAAUCGAAAGAGGGAAUACCAGCUCUCCGACUCAGCUAAAUACUAUCUCAAUGACUUGGAACGAAUUUCCGAACCCGCUUAUCUGCCAACCCAGCAAGAUGUCCUGAGGGUGAGGGUGCCCACAACAGGUAUAAUAGAGUACCCCUUCGACCUGGAGAGUGUCGUGUUCAGGAUGGUGGAUGUGGGCGGCCAGCGUUCCGAGAGGAGGAAGUGGAUCCACUGUUUCGAGAAUGUCACUUCCAUCAUGUUCCUGGUGGCACUCAGCGAGUACGAUCAGGUCCUCAUUGAAUCCGCCAAUGAGAAUCGCAUGGAGGAAAGCAUGGCCUUGUUCAAGACGAUCAUAACCUACAAGUGGUUCAAAGACUCCUCCAUCAUCUUGUUCCUCAACAAGAUCGACUUACUGGAGGAAAAAAUCAUGUAUUCACACCUGGUCGACUACUUCCCUGAGUAUGAUGGUCCCCAGCGGGAUGUCGACGCAGGAAAAGAUUUCAUCUUAGACAUGUUUGUCAGUCUCAAUCCAAGUGAGAAAAAAAUCAUCUACUCCCACUUCACGUGUGCCACAGACACGGACAACAUUCGGUUUGUCUUCUGCGCGGUAAAAGACCACAUCUUGCACACCAACCUGGACAUCUACAACUUGGUUUAAAAACGCCAGCGUUGCGGAUGUAAUUGAAUCGGCUGCGUGCAGCUGGCAGUCGGCACAGCUCUGCAGUGGUUCAGUGUGCUUCACGCUGCUGCUGAGCACUAUAAUCCAAAACAGGAAAUUGAGAAGCUACAGAGCUUGGCGUCAAAUGACUGUACUACUGAUGUAUUUCAAAUUUUCUUGUUAGGCUCUUUGAAAAUGGAUGUCUUCAGCUAUUAUGAAGUGUGACCUGACAAUUAAAGAGCUGCCUUGGUGAGGGGUCUAUUAUAGCAUGUACUCUGAAAUAUAUGGAGCGCUUUGUGAACGUUUUAUAGCAGUAACAGUGUAAAUGCACAUGGAUGGAUUAAGAAGGGAAAAAAAAGUAUUUCAGUGGCCUCAAAAGCCUCUGUGGACUCGCAAUGUACUAGGUCUCUCCUUCAGGGAAUCUGUGGAAGUGAAUGUAGACUAACUGCAAUGCAGCACCUCACAUCACUAACCCAAGUUGGUUGUAGUUUGUUUUUGUUUUUUUUAAUGAUGUUUUUUUUUUUACUUUGAAAACCAUUUGAGAUACUCUAAGUGCUUAGUUUGUGUCUUGACCUAAAGGGAACGAGUCAUAAUUAACACUAAUGACACAUGUACUUUAUUACAGGCAUUACUUGCACAUUGUACAUUUUGUAGCGUGACUAUUUUUUUGCUUGACUUCGUUGGAUCAUUUCUGCAACCUUAAAUUUCACGUGACUUUCUACAUGUCGUAUUGGUCUGUGAUGGCAUUUUCAAACCACUUUUUUUUGUUUUUUCGUGAGCAUGGCAUUCACAUAUUGUUGUGUAAUUUAACAUAUUUCAAAGGGAUGUUCAGAUUGCGUCAGAGCUGUUACAGUAGAGCAGCAUGUCGGUUCAGUUAAAGGACUGUUUGGUUUUCGAAGUACUAAAAAAUCACUUGCUAAAAUGGCUUUAGCAUCCACUGUCUAUUCAUCAGAAGGCAUAUUGUACAUAUUGCAUGGUACAUUAACCUCCCAGUGUGGCUGUUUUUCAUUUUUUUUGUUUGCAUCAAGGUCAGUGUUGAAAGGCUUCCUGCGAAAGAGAGGGCUGUUAAAUGUUAAAUAAUCUCAGAGGCAUUAAACUAAUGCAUUCUUGAUCCUAAAUCAUGCAGUUCAAAGGUAUCACACGCAUGAAUAAGAAGCUAAUGAGAGUGUCUCCACAGCGCUAAUGUUUACACGACCCUUUUCUUCUUGUUAAAAGUAAUUACAGCCUAAUUUGUACGAUUUAAUUUAUGGGUAUAUUUCACUGUCACUGCAGUAUCUUAAUGCAGUCUUAGUAUUUUUUUUUUAAAUGUGAUUGAAUAAAUAAACAGUCUAUUCAUUUGCUGCUCA